GCUUGCAACCACAGCAGCAGCGGCCGCUUUCCUUCGCUGCGUGCUCUUCUUUUGCGUGCUGUCUUUUUCUCGCUCGCUCGUUCGCUGUCGCUCUCUGCCUCGUUCCCCCCGUCAACCUCGCUUCAGAUCUCUCCUUUGUUCCCAUCCGCUGAGAGAGAUCAGACACCGGAAGUGCUGCUGUAUGCAAGCGGGAGGGCAGAGGCGCAGAGCCAUUCCAUCUCCGUCACCUGCGCCUUCCUUGGAGGUCCAUCGACCUCCCAUUCUCCCUUGAUCGCCAUUGUGUUCGUCUGAGCCCAGAAGAUGCAGAGGCCUUUCCCUCUACCUCAGGAGGACUUCACCUUGAAGGAGACUGCUCCUCGCCUUGGAGGAGGCGGACUUGGCGGUGGUGACAAGCUCACCAACACUUAUGACCUUGUUGAACAAAUGCAGUACCUCUAUGUGCGUGUUGUGAAAGCCAAGGAUCUGCCGGCUAAGGAUGUCACUGGGAGCUGUGAUCCCUAUGUGGAGGUAAAGCUCGGUAAUUACAAAGGCACAACUCGGUAUUUUGAGAAGAAGAGUAACCCUGAAUGGAACCAAGUGUUUGCCUUUUCAAAAGAGCGGAUCCAAGCUUCUGUGGUUGAGGUUUUUGUUAAGGACAAGGACUUAGUAAAGGAUGAUUUCAUCGGAAUGGUUUUGUUUGAUCUUAAUGAGGUUCCAAAAAGAGUUCCACCGGAUAGCCCAUUGGCACCACAGUGGUAUCGUUUGGCAGACCGCAAAGGUGAGAAGGUAAAGGGAGAAUUGAUGCUGGCUGUUUGGAUGGGUACACAAGCAGAUGAAGCAUUCCCAGAAGCUUGGCACUCUGAUGCUGCAACCGUUCCUGGUGAUGGCCUUGCCAGUAUUAGGUCAAAGGUCUACCUAUCUCCUAAGCUUUGGUAUUUGAGAGUUAAUGUCAUUGAGGCUCAAGAUUUGUUGCUCAAUCCAAAACCAGGCUUCCCUGAUGUCUUUGUUAAAGUUAACCUUGGUGGUCAAAUUCUUAGGACUAGGAUUUCAUCAAGCAGGUCUGCCAAUCCUCUGUGGAAUGAAGAUUUGAUGCUUGUUGCUGCAGAACCUUUUGAGGAACAUUUGAUCUUAAGUGUGGAAGAACGAACUGGACCAAACAAGGAUGAGGUGCUAGGGAAGGUUGUUAUUUCUCUACAGAAUGUUGAGAGGAGAUUGGACUGUCGGGUUGUUAGUUCAAGGUGGUACCACCUAGAGAAGCAUCUGGUAGCUGAUGGCGAGCAGAAGAAGGAAGUGAAAUUUGCUAGUCGCAUUCAUCUAAGGUUAAGUCUGGAUGGAGGGUACCAUGUAUUGGAUGAAUCCACACACUAUAGCAGUGAUCUUAGGCCUACUGCAAAACAGUUGUGGAAACCAAGCAUUGGUAUUCUAGAGCUUGGCAUACUAACUGCUCAGGCAUUAUUGCCAAUGAAGACUAAGGAUGGGCGUGGCACCACUGAUGCUUAUUGUGUGGCUAAGUAUGGGCAUAAAUGGGUUCGGACAAGAACAAUCAUUGACAGUUCCAACCCCAAAUGGAAUGAGCAAUACACCUGGGAAAUUUUCGACCCUUGUACUGUUAUCACCAUUGGUGUAUUUGAUAACUGCCACUUGCAGGGUGGAGAGAAGGCUAAUGGUGUUACUGAUAACAGAAUUGGCAAAGUUCGGAUUCGACUUUCUACACUAGAGACUGAUAAAGUUUACACUCACUCAUAUCCUCUCUUGGUUUUGCAUACAUCCGGGGUUAAGAAGAUGGGGGAAGUUCAGUUGGCUGUUCGAUUCUCCUCUUCCUCUUUGCUUAAUAUGCUACAUACUUAUUCCAGGCCAUUACUGCCGAAGAUGCAUUACCUUCAUCCUUUGACUCCUAGCCAACUUGACUACCUGAGGCAUCAAUCCACGCAGAUAGUCUCAAUGAGGUUGAGCCGGGCAGAGCCACCACUAAGAAAGGAGGUGGUAGAAUACAUGUUGGAUGUGGGUUACCAUAUGUGGAGCAUGAGAAGGAGCAAAGCUAAUUUCUUUAGAAUCAUGGGCGUCUUCAGUGGUUUGAUUGCUACAGGAAAAUGGUUCAGCCAAAUUUGCCUUUGGAAGAACCCUAUCACAACUGUACUCAUCCAUGUUCUCUUUGUCAUACUGGUUCUCUACCCUGAAUUGAUACUUCCAACAAUGUUCCUCUACUUGUUCUUGAUUGGAGUAUGGUACUAUCGAUGGCGGCCAAGGAAGCCUCCUCACAUGGAUACUCGGCUCUCUCAUGCAGACACUGCAAAUCCAGAUGAGCUGGAUGAGGAAUUUGACAGAUUUCCUUCAACAAGACCUCCAGAAAUCAUAAGGGUGAGGUACGAUCGAUUAAGGAGUGUUGCUGGAAAGGUGCAAACUGUGGUUGGAGACCUCGCCACACAGGGAGAGAGGUUUCAAUCACUAUUAAGCUGGAGAGAUCCUAGAGCAACUGCUCUAUUUUUGAUCUUUUGCCUUGCAUCUGCCAUAGUGCUCUAUGUAACGCCAUUCCAAGUCGUCGCCCUCCUAACUGGAUUUUAUGUGCUGAGGCACCCUAGGUUCAGGCAUAAACUACCAUCAGUCCCACUCAACUUCUUCAGGAGGUUGCCGGCUAGGACAGAUAGCAUGCUUUGAGAAAUCAAUGCUAGUUUGUGUUGUGAUUUAGGGUGCUCCUGAGCUAGUGCAUUAGCAAAUCUAUCAAGAUUUGAAGUCUUUUCUUUUUAGCAUAUCAGUGUUGUGGUCAAUCAUGAACUUGUUUGUGAUGCCCCUGAACAUUAUCUGUCCUUCAUUUUGUGCAUUUUCAAUUACUCCGUCGUAUCUAGCUGUCGCAUGAACUGGUCAUGGUCGAGUGUAUUUAGUUCCUCAAAUCAAGUAUCAUUCUAGUCAUUUGGAAGCUUUUCUAAA